AUGGGUAGGGAGAUGUGGGGCAUCAGAAUGGCUGUGGUGCUGCUGAGUGUGGGGCAGGCUCUGAUUUGUACCUUCCAGGUUCAAAAUAAUAUCACCUCGAUGCCAGAUCUCAAUAUCUCUCAGGUUAAGGGGCCCUGGUAUUUCAUUAGCUUGGCGAUGAAUGAAAAACUGUCAGACCCGGAAGGAGAAGAUGUCAGUAUGUCUUUGAUAGUACUCUACCCUUUUGCCAAUGGGAGUGUGAACCUGCAGACUGCCAUCACUUCGUCAAAUGGGGUCUGUAUGGAAGUAAAUAUUACAUAUACCAAAGGAAAUAAAUCUGGACAAUACAAAAGUAAUGAUGGAAACCCUUGUUAUUUCCAAGUGAUAGAUACUGACUAUGAAAACUAUGGCAUUAUUUACAUAGGAAAUAGUGAAAACAAGGAUGACUUCCAAGUUAAACUCUAUGGCAGAACUAAAGUAGUGACUGAUGAAGUCUUCAAGAAAUUCCAAAAAGUCACAAAAUCCCUUGGAAUUCUAUGGGAGAAUGUGAUUAUGUUACACAGAUUAGCAGCUUGUGGUUAA